AAUAAUAAAAAGAGCGACAAGAAGAGACGAAAAAGAGAAAGAAAGGACGACAUCUUCAAGAAUAACACCAGCAGUCAAAAUAACAACAACAGCCAGUACGACACAGCAGGGAAUACAGACAUUCACUUUGCUUCCUCACUAAGUCCGCACUGCUGGCUUGGCGGCGAUUCACUUCUGCUUCUCUCCAGCAGAACCACCACUUUACAACUCUCAAUUCACCAUCUACAUCCACACUCGCUUCUCAAGAUGGCCGAUACUGAGGAUGCGGGCCCGUCGUCCGUCUCGGAACCUUUAGAUUUGGUGCGCCUGUCGCUCGACGAGAUCGUGUUUGUGAAACUUCGCGGGGAUCGCGAGCUCAAGGGUCGUCUGCACGCCUACGACAGUCACUGCAACUUGGUAAUGGGAGAGGUGGAAGAGACCAUUUACGUUGUGGAGGAGAACGAGAGCGAGGAGGAGACCAUCAAGACGAUCAAGAAGCAGGAGGAAAUGCUCUUCAUUCGAGGUGACUCGGUGGUCUUGAUCUCUCCCCAGGCAUGAUUGCGACACGUUUACCCGCCGAACGAAGGAAAUAUAUCGAAAUCGAUCAGGAAGAAAGGAACAUUCGGACAAUGAAUGGAUAGACGAGACAUGGGCUGCGGAAAGCUAUAGAGCUACGGACACCCGACCUACGGCCAUGAAAUGAUACCACGAAGACAGUUAAUGUCCUGCUGCAUCGAUGAUACUAGCAAAUACUCCGUUUCAAUGAAUAGCAGGAUGUGAAGAAGAAGCGCCAGGACCGGGAGUACAAGACGGACAGUGACAGCAGUUCUGGGGCGGCUAUUCACCCUGAGUUCGUGUAUAAUUUCUUUUUAUUUGCGUUCCUCCAGAUUGACUCAUAUCUGUCAUUCUGCCCG